CAAGUCCAGCGAAGCCCGUGUUGGAUGGGGUCUGCUGGAGUGACCCGAGCCCAAGUCCUCACCUCGCAGCCAGUGGAUGUGCAAAGCAGUGACGUCAGGGGCGGGGGCGGGGCGCCGGGUUGAAUGGCAGCAGCUUUUGCCCAGGGAGCAGACGCGAGCAUCAGCCUGGUUCAGUGACUGAGAGAAACUGGAGGUGAGCGGAGCUGGUGCUGAACCUGGGACUCGAGAGGACCUGGCUCCAUCAGCAGGAGGCCACGCCCUCUUGCACCUGCUGUGCCCGGUGGGACCUGAGCCCUCAGCUGGACCCAUAGCAACUUGACAAAGGAGUGUGGUGUCGGACGUGGGAGAGAGUCCUCUGUUAGCCACCCGGGCGCCCAUUCAGCCGUGACUUUGGAGAUUUCCCUAGUUUCAGACCAAACAAGUUUGAUUGUGUUUUUCCCAGCUAAAACGAUCUUUCUGGAGGCUUUUCUGCUUUUUAAAACUGUGUUCUAUUCAUCUGCACCGUUUAGGAGCCUUUCAGAGGGGGGACUUCUUUGAUUAAAAAUAAGGUGAAGAGUGAUAACGAUGCUGCAGUGUUGGUCAGCUGUUUUGGUUCUUGGAUUCAUUUUACUGAGGUCAGAAGGCAGGCCAGCCAAGGAAUCUGGAUAUGACCUGAAGUCCUAUCAACCUCUAACAAGAUUGCGACAUAAGCAGGAAAAAAACCAAGACAGUUCAAGAAUCAAAGGGUUUCUCAUUGAGGAUGACCCUUUCGGAUCUUGUGAAAAUAAGUACUGUGGUUUGGGAAGGCACUGUGUGGUCAGCAGAGUGACGGGCCAAGCUGAGUGCACCUGCAUGGACAUUUGCAAACGGCACUACAAGCCUGUGUGUGCAUCUGACGGAGAGUUCUAUGAAAACCAUUGUGAGGUGCACCGAGCCGCUUGCCUGAAAAAACAGAAGCUCACCAUUGUUCACAAUGAAGACUGCUUCUUUAAAGGUAGUAACUGCAAGACUACGGAAUAUGACAAGAUGAAAAGCAUGCUUUUAGACUUACAAAAUCAAAAAUAUAUCACACAAGAAAAUGAAAAUCCUAAUAGCGAUGACGUGUCUCGGAAGAAGACAUUGGUGGAUCAGAUGUUUAAAUACUUUGAUGCAGACAGUAACGGACUUGUAGAUAUUAAUGAACUAACUCAGGUGAUCAAGCAAGACGAACUUGGGAAAGAUAUUUUUGAUUGUACUUUGUAUGAUCUACUGAAAUUCGAUGAUGUAAACAGUGACAAGCACCUAGCUCUUGAGGAAUUUUAUAGAGCUUUCCAGGUGAUCCAAUUGAAUCUACCUGAGGACCAGAAGCUAAGCAUUACUGCGGCAACUGUGGGACAAAGUGCUGUCUUAAGCUGCGCCAUUCAGGCAUCUCUGAGGCCACCCAUUGUCUGGAAGAGGAACAACAUUGUUCUGAAUAAUUUAGACUUGGAAGACAUCAACGACUUUGGAGAUGACGGGUCCUUGUAUAUCACUAAGGUUACCACUACCCACAUGGGCAACUACACGUGCUAUGCACAAGGUUAUGAACAAGUCUACCAGACUCACAUCUUCCAGGUGAACGUUCCUCCUGUGAUCCGGGUUUAUCCAGAGAGCCAAGCCAGAGAACCUGGAGUAACUGCCAGCCUCAGGUGCCAUGCAGAGGGCAUUCCCAACCCGCAGCUUGGCUGGCUCAAGAACGGAAUUGAUAUCACCCCAAAGCUGUCCAAGCAACUCACACUUCAAGCAAAUGGCAGUGAGGUUCACAUUAGUAACGUGCGCUAUGAGGACACCGGAGCAUACACUUGUAUUGCCAAGAAUGAAGCAGGCGUGGACGAAGACAUCUCUUCUCUUUUUGUGGAAGAUUCUGCUAGAAAGACCCUAGCUAACAUAUUAUGGCGCGAAGAAGGUCUGGGAAUUGGGAACAUGUUCUAUGUUUUUUAUGAAGAUGGGAUCAAAGUGAUACAACCCGUAGAAUGUGAAUUUCAGAGGCACAUUAAGCCGAGUGAAAAGCUCCUUGGAUUUCAGGCAAAAGUCUGUCCCAAAGCUGAGAAAGACGAAGUUCAGAGGUGUGUGUGGGCCUCAGCUGCAAAUGUCAAGGACAAGUUCAUCUAUGUGGCGCAGCCCACUUUGGACAGAGUCCUUAUUGUUGACGUGCAGUCCCAAAAAGUUGUGCAGGCAGUGAGCACAGAUCCUGUUCCAGUGAAACUGCACUAUGACAAAUCACAUGACCAGGUCUGGGUGCUGAGCUGGGGCUCCAUGGAUAAGACUUCACCCACGCUGCAGGUUAUCACGCAGGCCAGUGGGAACGUGCCCCAUCACACCAUCCAUACCCAGCCAGUGGGAAAGCAGUUCGACAGAGUGGAUGAUUUUUUCAUUCCCACCACGACACUCAUUAUCACACAUGUGAGAUUUGGAUUUAUUCUUCAUAAAGAUGAGGCUGCAUUACAAAAAAUUGAUCUUGAGACCAUGUCCUACGUCAAGACAAUCAGCUUGAAGGACUACAAAUGUAUACCUCGAUCGUUGGCGUACACUCACCUGGGAGGAUACUACUUCAUCGACUGCAAACCCGACAGCACUGGGGCCAUCCCCCCACAGCUGGUGGUGGACAGUGUGACCGACUCAGUCAUUGGGUUCAAUCAGGAUGUCACAGGCACCCCGUACAUCUCUCCGGAUGGCCACUAUCUUGUCAGCAUUAGUGACAUCAGAGGUCUUGUGAGAGUCCAGUACAUCACCAUCCGAGGAGAAAUACAGGAGGCGUUUGUCAUUCACACAAACCUGCACAUAUCGGAUCUGGCCUUCCAGCCGUCCUUCACGGAAGCCCACCAGUACAACAUCUACGGCAGUUCAGGCGCACAAACGGAUGUGCUGUUCGUGGAGCUCUCCUCUGGGAAGGUCAAGAUGAUCAAGAGCCUGAAGGAACCACUCCAAGCCCAGGACUGGCCUUGGAACCGAAAGAACCGGCAAAUCCAAGACAGUGGCUUGUUUGGGCAAUACCUGAUGACGCCUUCCAAGGAUUCUCUCUUUAUCCUGGAUGGACGACUGAAUAAGUUAAACUGUGAGAUCACUGAAGUGGAGAAAGGCAAUACAGUCGUCUGGGUUGGAGAGGCCUAGGGUCCCUGGAGAAUUACUGAUUGAAGAGUUUUGUAGUACGCUGCGUUAACUCAUUGUUUAAACUUACAAUUUACCUUUCAGAGUUCAUGUCCUAAUCAAAUAUAAUUUACUUGAUUGGCUUGAUUUAAAAAAAAUAUUUUUAACAAACACAUAAAUUCUUCCUAAUAUUGGUUGACUAAAAAUAUUUAACACAAUGUGUAAUGAAGAUCACAUCCAUCAUCAGAUUCAAAUGUGUGGUUAUGUUUAAAGUCAGUAAAAUAGCGUUUUAAGUUCCUUAAAAAGCAACCAAACUGCAGGGACUGUCAGAUGACGAAACACGAUGUCAUUUUGAGGGUGCUUUAUUUUUCUCAUCCUUUUGGUGUUCUUAACCUAGAAAUAAAAGGCAUUGCAAAACCUUAAA